CAGUAGUGAGUUGAAGUGGAGGAGAGAGGAGAGGAGAUAAAAAGAGGGUGCUGCAGUCUACACUGACAGCAGAUCAGGAUCAGGUAGGAGGAUGAGUAGGACUCUGCUGUGUCUGGUGGCCUCUCUGGCCUUUGCUUCUCUCACUUCUCUGGCCGAUGGAGCUCCAUUGCAGGUGAUGUCUGCCCCCAACUUGUUGCGGGUAGGAACGGCAGAAAAAAUCUUUGUGGAGUGUCAAGACUGCACAGGAGGAGACAUUCGUGUCGAAAUCAUUGUGAUGAACCAUCCGACUAAAACCACAAGACUGGCAAACACAGUUGUGACCCUCACUAGUGCAGAAGGUUUCCAGGCACUUGGAGAAAUAACCAUCCCUGUUGGUGUCUUCAGUAAGGAUCCCAACAUUAAACAGUAUGUGUACCUGCAAGCACAGUUUCCUGGCCGACUGCUGGAGAAAGUCGUCUUAGUGUCCUUCCAAUCUGGAUACAUCUUCAUCCAGACUGACAAGACCCUCUAUACACCCAACAGCAAAAUUCUUUACAGGAUGUUUGCAGUGACACCCCUUAUGGAGCCUGUAGAAAGGGAACAUGGAACCCAAAAUGAGGCCUCUAUUGCCAUUGAGAUUGCGACUCCGGAAGGCAUAAUUUUACCACUUGAUCCAGUCUCUUUAAAAUCAGGAAUCCAUUCUGGAAAUUACCAACUUCCUGACCCUGCCAGUCCCGGAGUGUGGAAGGUGGUGGCGAAGUUCCACAGUAACCCACAGCAGAGCUACUCUGCACAGUUUGAGGUCAAAGAAUAUGUGCUGCCCAGUUUUGAGGUGAAACUGAUACCUGUGACCCCCUUUUUCUAUGUGGACAGUAAAGAGCUCUCUAUCAACAUCAAAGCUGAAUAUCUAUUUGGUAAAGAGGUGGAUGGGAUGGCCUUCGUUGUAUUUGGGGUUCUGAAAGACAGUCAGAAAAAGAGCUUUCCAAGUUCUCUUCAGAGAGUGCUGAUCAAUAGAGGUACUGGGAUCGUCACUCUGAAGAGAGAGCACAUCACGCAAACCUUUCCACACAUCCUUGAACUAGUGGGGGGUUCCAUAUUUGUAGCUGUCAGUGUGCUGACGGAGAGCGGUAGUGAAAUGGUUGAGGCAGAGUUGAGAAAUAUCCAGAUUGUCACAUCACCGUACACCAUCCACUUCAAGAGAACACCCAAAUACUACAAACCAGCAAUGACGUUUGAUGUUGCGGUUGAAGUUGUAAAUCCCGAUGACUCUCCUGCACAAGGUGUUGCAGUAGUGGUUGAUCCAGGCCAGGUGCAAGGCUUAACUGCAGCCAAUGGCUUGGCAAGGCUUACCAUCAAUACACAGGCUGGGACUAGCAGACUGACAGUCACCGCAAAGACCGAUGAUCCUCGUAUUACACGUGAAAGGCAAGCAACAGCCACCAUGGAAGCUCUCCCAUAUAAGACCAAAAACAACAACUACAUUCACAUAGGUGUGGAUACAGCCGAGCUGAAAUUAGGAGACAACCUGAAAAUUAACCUUAACCUCAGGCAGCAAAAUCAAAACAGUGAUAUCACAUACCUGAUAAUGAGCAAAGGUCAGCUGGUGAAAAGUGAACGUUACAAGACAAGAGGGCAAAUACUGAUUUCCCUGAUAGUUCCCAUAACCAAAGAAAUGCUGCCAUCGUUCCGCAUCAUAGCCUACUUCCAUACAGAUGAUAACGAAGUGGUAGCGGACUCUGUUUGGGUGGAUGUCAAGGACUCCUGCAUGGGCUCGUUGAAGUUGGAAUCCUUGAGGCCCGCUCCAUCCUAUGAACCUCGCAGGAUGUUUGGUCUGAAGGUCACUGGAGAUCCAGAAGCCAUCGUGGGUAUGGUGGCAGUUGACAAAGGCGUCUAUGUCCUAAACAACAAGCACCGCCUCACCCAGAAGAAGGUGUGGGACAUUGUCGAAAAGUACGACACAGGCUGCACACCAGGUGGAGGGAAGGACAGCAUGAGUGUGUUCUAUGAUGCUGGGCUGUUGUUUGAGUCCAGCACUGUUUCUGGGACUCCCUACAGACAAGAAUUGAAAUGUCCAGCCCCCAGCAGGAGGAAACGUGCAACAACCAUAUUGGACGUCAUCACCACCUUAACGAGUCAAUAUAAUGACCCACUACAACGUGAGUGUUGUAAGGAUGGCAUGGUGGACCUCCCUCUUUCAUACUCCUGCGAAGUGCGAAGUGAAUACAUUGAAGAUGGAGCCACCUGUGUUGAGGCCUUCUUGCACUGUUGCAAAGAGAUGGAAAACCAGCGGGCUGAAAAUAAGGAGGAACACCUUACACUGGCUCGCAGUGAAGAGGAUGACAAAAGUUAUAUGGACAGCAAUGAAAUUGUGACUCGCACCAAGUUCCCUGAAAGUUGGCUGUGGAUGGAUAUCGACCUGCCUGCCUGCCCUCAACAAAUACCAAACUGUCAAACUACAUCAUCUGUAAAAAGUGUUCCUUUGCAAGAUUCAAUCACAACCUGGCAGUUCACUGGCAUUAGUUUGUCAAGAACUCACGGAAUCUGUGUUGGUGAGUCCUUGGAGGUCAUUGUCCGGAAGGAGUUCUUCAUUGAUCUCAGACUGCCGUACUCUGCUGUCCGAGGAGAGCAGCUGGAAGUUAAAGCAAUCCUCCACAACUACAGCCCUGAUAAAAUCACUGUGCGUGUGGAUCUGACUGAGGCAGAGCAUGUGUGCAGUGUAGCCUCUAAACAUGGAAGGUAUCGUCAGGAAGUCAAGAUGGGGGGCCUAACUACACUAUCUGUACCCUUUAUCAUUAUUCCGAUGAAGGAUGGACAAUAUCCCAUUGAGGUCAAAGCAGCUGUUAAAGACUCAUCACUCAGCGAUGGAAUUAUGAAGAUGCUGCGGGUGGUGCCUGAAGGUGUACUGAUUAAAGCUCCUCAGACUAUAACUCUAGAUCCAACUAAGAAAGGUGUAGAUGGUGUACAAAAAGAAACUCUCAACAGUGGAAUUCCUAAGAAAGAUGUGGUCCCAAACACACCUUCCAGCACAAGAAUCUCUGUAACAGGGAGAGAACAAGUAGCUGGGCUGGUAGAGAACGCCAUUAGUGGGAACUCUAUGGGUACUCUGAUCUAUCAGCCCUCAGGCUGUGGAGAGCAGACCAUGAUCCACACGACCCUGCCCGUCAUUGCAACUACAUAUUUGGACAAAACCAACCAGUGGGAAACUGUUGGCUUUCAGAAACGUAACGAAGCCCUCCAACACAUCAAGACCGGCUACACAAGAAUGUUUACCUUCCGUAAAGGUGAUGGGUCUUUUGCUGCGUAUCCCACGCACCAAAGUAGCAGCUGGCUGACAGCCUAUGUUGCCAAGGUAUUUGCCAUGGCCAGCAGUUUGGUGGCAGUGCAGUCCAACACCAUCUGUGACGCUGUUAAGUUUCUGAUUCUUAAAGCACAGCAGCCUGACGGUGUUUUUAAAGAGGUUGGAAAGGUGUACCACGGAGAAAUGAUUGGUGACGUGCGGGGCACAGAUUCAGAUGCCUCCAUGACGGCCUUCUGUCUCAUUGCCAUGCAGGAGUCACGCACACUAUGUGCUGCCACUGUUAACAGUUUACCAAACAGCAUAGACAAAGCAGUGGCCUACCUGGAGAGGCGUCUGCCCAGCCUCACCAACCCAUACGCUGUUGCCGUGACAUCAUACGCUCUGGCCAAUGAAAACAAACUGAACCGGGAGAUCCUUUACAGAUUCGCUUCCCCAGCGUUGUCCCACUGGCCAGUACCUAAAGGACGUGUUUACACACUGGAGGCCACAGCUUAUGCUCUUCUUGCUCUGGUCAGAACCAAGGCCUAUGAAGAUGCCAGACCCAUUGUCAGAUGGUUCACCCAACAGCAGAAGGUGGGCGGAGGCUAUGGAUCAACUCAGGCUACCAUAAUGGUGUACCAAGCUGUAGCAGAGUACUGGGCCAAUGCUAAAGAACCAGAGUAUGAUCUAAAUGUGGACAUACAGUUGCCAGGCAGGUCAAGGCCGGACAAGUAUCAUUUCAACAGAGAGAACAGCUACGGCACGAGAACAUCUAAAAUCAAAGAUAUAAACCAGGAUGUGGACGUGAUUGCCAGGGGCACAGGAGAAGCAACGGUGACAAUGGUAUCGCUGUAUUACGCUCUGCCUAAAGAAAAGGAAAGUGACUGUCAGAAUUUUAACUUGUCAGUGCAGCUCAUCCCAGAUAAAAUGGAUGAGAAUGAGAAGAUAUAUAAGCUGAAAAUCGAGGUUUUGUAUAAGAACAAGGAGCAUGAUGCAACCAUGUCAAUCUUGGAUAUUGGCUUAUUAACCGGUUUCACUGCUGAUACAAAGGACCUGGACAGAUUGGCCAAAGGACGUGCCCGCACCAUUUCAAAAUAUGAGAUGGACACAGCCUUGUCAGAAAGAGGCUCACUCAUCAUCUACCUGGACAAGGUUUCUCACAGACGACCAGAAGAGAUCACAUUUAGGGUCCGCCAGACGAUGAAAGUGGGCGUCUUACAACCAGCUGCUGUGUCUGUCUAUGAAUACUAUGAACAAACACCUUGUGUAAAAUUCUACCAUCCAGAGAGGAGAAGUGGAGAGCUAAUGCGGCUCUGUAGAAAUGAUGAGUGCACAUGUGCUGAAGAGAACUGCAGUAUGCAGAAGAAGGGCAACAUCGACAAUCGUCUGCGCACAGAGAAGUCAUGUGAGACGACUCCGACCAGCAAAAUAGAUUUUGUGUACAAAGUGGGUCUGGAAAACUUUGAAGACGGAUUGUCCACCGACAUCUACACAAUGCGGGUACUGGAAGUUAUCAAAGAAGGAAGUUAUGAUGUGGGUCCUCAGGGCAAACUGCGCACAUUCCUCAGUUAUCCACACUGCAGGGAAUCUUUAGAUCUGGUAAAAGGCAAACACUACCUUAUCAUGGGGACAUCCAAAGAUAUUCACAGAGAUGACGAAAAUAAUUCGUUUCAGUAUGUACUCGGUGAGAGAACCUGGAUCGAGUACUGGCCCACAAAUGCAGAGUGUCAAAUUGAGGAACACAGACACACCUGUGUGGGCCUGGAGGAGAUGCAACAGCAGUAUGCACUCUUUGGAUGUGGACAGUAGACAAACUUGUGAAAGUAAAAUGUAGUUCUAAAAUUGUUUUUAUUUUGCAUAAUUCUAAUUAUGUAAAA